CUGUGUAGUGGUGGGUGGUCUGCUGUCGGCUCACCUGUUAGCAGGACGUGCAGGGAUGGACCUUGAGCCCGGUUGGCCCUGUUCAGGACCGCUGCUGAUGAUGGCCGAGGACGCUGCUCGAAAAUUGUUGCCUGGUGGGGAACCACAUUGACAAGAAGUGGGUUGCUCAGGAUGCGGGUAUCGGAGCGGGGGUCGACUCCUACUUUGAGUAUCUGGUGAAAGGAGCCAUCAUGCUGCAGGACGAGGAGCUGCUCAGCAUGUUCCUGGAGUACGAUCGAGCCAUUCAGAACUACACCCGGUUUGACGACUGGUACCUGUGGGUCCAGAUGCACAAAGGAACCGUCUCCAUGCCAGUUUUCCAGUCUCUGGAGGCCUUCUGGCCCGGCCUGCAGUCUCUCCUGGGGAACUUGGACAGCGCAGUGAGAACCUUCCAGAACUAUUACUCUGUGUGGAGACAGUUUGGAGGUCUGCCGGAGUUUUACAGCAUCCCUCAGGGUUACACUGUGGAGAGAGAGGGAUACCCACUGAGGCCAGGUGUUACGCCUCAGACACAGGGAAGGAAGACUCAUACGCACGACUCCGGACACAAUGGCCUUCAGGCGGCUCCAAAGGGUCCAGAGACAGGAAGUUAGCCACGAAGGAGGCACAGCCCCCCCAGGUGAGAAGUUCAGGGAACACUGUCGGUGUGGGCCGAAGCGUCAUGGACACAAACUUCUGAAUAUUAGAAAAACCAACACUGGACUCAGACAGAGGUACAUUAGUAUAUGGAAGGAUGGUGAUAAGAAAACACAAUAAGUUGAUGAACUUACAUUCUCAGGAUAAUCGUGAAAAUCUCAACAGUGACUUGAAAACGUCCAGAUUGCUAUCAAGGUAAAGAAGUGACAAAUAGAGCCUGAUAUAAAGAAAAACAUGUCUUCAUGUACACAGGGGGUGUCACAGUCCCAUCUGUAUACCUAGUGUUUUCCGGUCCAUGUUUUCCCUGUCUCUUUGUGUGUGUGUGUGUGUGUGUGUAUGUGGCAGGGGCACGGUCAAAGACUUCAGCAGCUGAUCUCAUUCAACCCAUCAACUCCAAUCUGCUCACCUGUCUACAAUCAACUCAUCCCAGCACAGUUUAUCUACCCCGGUCUUCCAGUCACUCAUCGCCAGGUUGUUGUUUCUACUACCCCGGAUCACUGCAUAACUUGUUGUUCAACUUCUGCCUGCCUGCC